CAAAAUUUUGAAAUAUCAAUCAAAACAACCGGCCAGAUAGAAAGGUAUGAUCUAGAUCAGUUUCACUUAAUGUUAAAAUAAUGCCGCGGGUGGUACACGGUUUCGUAACGUUUUUCGGGUUCUUGACUCUGGUUUUUAUGGUGCAGAACUCGAUUCGAUCGUUGGGGGAUGUAGACCUGCUUGCCGAUGGAAAAUUAGCUGAAAAGAGGCUCAGGUACCAGAGGGCGCUGAAGCAAAGCGUUCGAGACUAUGGGGAGUCAGAUGUGGACAUUGAGGCGAGGGUGAUGGAGUACACCAUGGUGAAGAAAUGCUGUGGCAAGUCUGAGAGCUUGAAUGCCCAACUGGAGUGCAGCAUGAAGCAUGUGGAAUCAGAUGAGUUCUUCCCUCGAAGCAUGGUGGUUGGAGCACACUUCCAACCAGUAGAGUUUAUGGAAAACGUUACUUAUGCUAAUAAUGACGAGUGCUCUGACCAAGUAAUUUUCUUGCACAAGGAUCAAGUCGAGUACGUCUUGGAGCAAUUCUCCGGGAAUUUAUUGAAAAUUCAUAACGCAACAAUGUUGUACAAUUUCUCUCAAAAUUAUUGCCUCGAUAGGAUUGCCCAUGAGUCAAGGUUUGUCCUAAAGCUUUGCCCAUGCAAAACGACCCAUUGCCUCCCAAAGUGCUGCCCACAAGGGGAAUACUUUCACCCCAAAACCGAAAAAUGCUUAAAGGGCAACAGCAGCAUGCUCAUAAACGGCUCAUUAACCACUUACAAGCCCCUGAAUUGCAGUAGAGCAGAUAGUUACUGCCUGGACUAUUUUUUGAACGAGAACCACACCCUCGAAGUCCAGGGGCUGUUUUGCAACCAUUCAAGCGGGACGAGGCGAGCCCUGAACGAAAUCAUUAACAAAUGCUGCCCAGAAGGGUUGAGUUUUAAUGAACUCUUCGAAUGUGUGCCGAGAAAGGCAGAACCUGUCAAAUUGGGGGGAGUGAAGCUGGUUUAUAAUAGUGGGUUUGUCGGUCCACCCAAUAUGCCUUGUGUGAUGGUAACCAAUAAGAAUGCAUCCCUUUUUGUCAGCAAGGGGAAUUUAACCUCAUUAUCCAUGUGGAGGAUCAAGGAGAAGUACCCUAAGGAUCUCUUUUGUUUGGACAGAAUUAAUGGAUCAGAAAGUGAGUACGCCAUGAAGUUUACGCCACCGCUCACUUUGCAGAAGUGCUGCCCCCCGCGGCAUUUCUACAACAUCUCCGCGCACGCGUGCCAGUUUGACGUGACAGAGGUGGCGGUACCGGUGGUGUUGAAAGAUGGCGCCACCACUACACUCGCGGAGUACUUUUGGACUUAUAAUGCCUCCUGUAGGCGUUCCCAGUACAUUUUUGCGAACGCUUACGGUACCGAUAAGGUGUUCCUUCAUGAACACGGUUCGAUCUUGAAGAGGAAGAAAAUGAGGAGGCGGCUGGUGCCUCCCAUUGAGUACUGCCUUGACGUCUUUAGAAUUGAGGGUUUGACCGUGUCUAAUGGGUUUUUUUGCAAGAACCAUGACACGCGUGGAAGGGCCGGCAAGGGAGAAGGCGGAAUGGGGUACGGUCUUGGGUUAGCUCAUAAAAACCACCCUGUAAAGGGGUAUAUUUUGCUAGUGUGGUGUUGUUUAAUAAAGAGAGUUGCUUAAAACUGA